CAAUUACACAAGGAGUCUCGGUUACCGAGCAAAGCAGAACGUGCUACCUUUCUCUCUCCCUGUGUGUUUUUUCCUCUAUCUUCUUCCCAUUUGUUGGUCAACCUUUGUUCAUUUUUCUCUCUUCUAAGUCUUCCCUUCUUUGGUUCAGAGGACUUUGAGCCCCUUAGAAGUCUUGUUGUCCAACUAUCCAUCUUCUUCAGUUUCUUUUUUCUGCUUUGUCUUGAAGCCUCUUCCCAGAGUCUGUUACUCAAGAUUUGCUUCUGGUUCAUUCUCUCAAGCUGCUGUUGAGUUCAUCUUCACUCUUGACUCAGAGGGUGACCCUGUAUGUAAUAUUUAUUCUUCUUUUCCUCUUGAUAUCUUUCCCCUGUUAAUUAACUCAUAAAAGUACAAACCUUUUGUCCUCGCGCCUCAAUAUACUUGAUGGGUCAUCCCCAGAUGAAAAUUCUUCUCAAUUAUUGCUUCUGGGAAUCUGAGAUUCGUUGCUUGACUUGCAAGUGACUUUGGUGUUGUGGUUGGGGGAAACAGUGCCCUUAUUCAAUUUUGCUUGUUUGAGCUUAAUUUAAUAGAUUAUGUUGGUUUGUUUGUUUAGCUUUUUAAUUGAGAUGGGUACUUAAUGGGGUUCAAUUUUUUAUUUUGCUUCUAAACCAAGUCAAGCAGUCCUUUGACUCAAUUGGAAUCUUGUGUAUUUGGGGUCAUGGAUAACUCAAAUGACUCAUCAUCAUCCUUGAGUUUUGUAUCAUCUCACCUUUCAAAUGGUUCUAGUAAUCACAACGUGUCCUCCUCCACCAGCAAUGAACAUGGGGCAAAUAUUGAGAUUUUGAGUCUGAGUAAGCUCAGUGGAAGUCUUGAGAAGCUAUUGAUUGAUGCUGAGUAUGAUUAUAGUGAUGCCGAGAUUCUUGUUGAAGACAUCUCUGUGGGUAUUCAUCGCGGUAUAUUGGCUUCACGUAGUCCAUUUUUUCAUGAGCUUUUUAAGAAAGGAACUGAUGAAUCAGGGAAGGAAGGGAAGCCAAGGUAUCUCAUGUCAGAUUUGGUGCCCUAUGGCAGAGUUGGACAUGAAGCUUUCCAAGUAUUCUUGUACUAUUUGUACACUGGAAGGCUAAAGGCUUCACCAACAGAAGUCACAACAUGUGUUGAUGAAACAUGUAUCCAUGAUGCAUGUCGCCCUGCUAUCAAUUAUGCUUUGGAGCUCAUGUACGCUUCUGCCACUUUUCAGAUGAAAGAACUGGUUUUACUUUUUCAGCGGCAUCUCCUAAAUUUUGUUGAGAAGGCUCUUGUGGAAGAUGUCAUUCCUAUUCUUAUGGCUGCCUUCAACUGCCAACUGGACCAGCUUCUCUCUCGUUGCAUUCAGAGAGUUGCAAGGUCUGACUUUGACAAUACAUCUUUGGAGAAAGAGCUCCCUCAUGAAGUUGUGACUGAAAUCAAAUCACUCAGACCUCAAUCUCAGCCAGAAUCCACACCUGAUGCAAUGGAAGUGGUGCCUUUGAGUGAUAAGAGUGUCAAAAGAAUCCACAAGGCAUUGGACUCUGAUGAUGUUGAACUAUUGAAGCUUCUUCUAAGUGAGUCUAGUGUCACUCUAGAUGAUGCCUUUGCCCUGCACUAUGCAUGUGCCUAUAGUGAUUCUAAGGUUGUUCAAGAAGUUCUUGGUCUAGGCUUGGCUGAUAUUCUCCUUAGAAACUCCAGAGGAUACACAGUUCUUCAUGUGGCUGCGAGGCGAAAGGAUCCGUCCAUCUUGGUAGCACUACUUAAAAGAGGGGCUUGUGCAUCAGAUACCACUCCAGAUGGACAAACUGCUCUUGCAAUUUGUCAGAGGCUGACAAGGCGCAAAGAUUAUCAUCAGAAAACAGAGAAGGGUAAGGAAUCUAACAAGGACAGGCUUUGUGUUGAUGUGCUGGAGAGGGAGAUGAGAAGAAGUUCAAGGGUUGUGAAUUUGUCUGUUUCAUCACAGUUAACAGCUGAUGAUUUGCACAUGAGACUGGAUUACCUUGAAGAUAGAGUUACAUUUGCUAGGCUGUUUUUCCCUGCUGAGGCUAGGGUAGCCAUUGAGAAUGCUGAGGCAGAUUCCUCACCUCUGUACGCAAGCUCAUCACCUGUGAAUAAAGGCUUUAAUGGAACUCUAAAAGAAGUGGAUCUAAAUGAAUCUCCCUCCGCUCGAACCAGAAAACUUCAGUUAAGAUUGCAUGCCCUUAUGAAAACAGUUGAGAAUGGGAGGCGCUUCUUUCCCCUUUGCUCUGAGGUGCUUGAUAAGUUUCUAGAAGACGAUAUGCCAGAUGUUUUCUUCCUAGAGAAGGGGUCUGAAGAAGAGCAGAGAAUCAAGAAAGCACGCUUCAUGGAACUUAAAGAUGAUGUGCAGAAAGCCUUUCACCAGGACAUGGCUAAAAAUAAUCAUUCCGCUUUUUCAUCUUCACUCUCUUCCUCAUCAUCCUCUACUCGUAGGGAAGCUCUUAACCACAGAGUCAGGAAAAGGUCAAGUGCAUCUUCUUCUACAGUGCAACUACAAGCUCUGCCAUAAUACCAUAUUUUCCCAAUAAUAUCAUACCUUACGUUUUUCUUUUAACUUUUAAUCAUGACGGAGGAUUUUACUAGCUUUAUUUAAUUGCUUUUAGUUGUUGGACCAUAAGAAACACAUGAGACUGAAAGGAAGUCCUAGUGUAUAGGUUGUGAUGGAAUUGCAAAUUAUUGACUUGUGUGAUGAUUACUUUCAAAAUUAUCUAUAUCCCUGUAAAAUCUAAUUAUUAAUCAUUACUUUCAUAAUA